UAACAAGCGUGAAGAUACGAGUACGAGGCCCCAUUAAAUCUAAGGGCGAAUCCGCACCAGCACAUAGCCAUUGUCAUUGAUAAACACAACCAUGGUGUCAUAGAGACAGAGGAUGCUAUCCUACGCCCAUACGUACCUUACACCGUCUUUCCAUGCGCCACACAGACACACACACACAUCCACCGCAAACCCCCUUCGACUUACCGACCUCCCCUCUUCAUGAAAUUUACAAAUCCAAACAUAAUAUCUUUCAUCGAGAUUUCAAUCUCUUCGAUUCAAUCUUAACAGCCCCUUUUUCAAUCGAUCAUCUGGGCACUUGAUUGUUUACCCAAAGGUUUUAUAGGCAUUUCUUUAGUGGGGUUGGAGGAUCUUUAUUUGUGCAUGGAAGAAGAUGCCGGAUUUGAGACGUGGAGUUCGCCAAGCCAAAAAAGCUAAUAACAAUAACAAUAAUAAUAAUAAUAUUGACGAAAAUGCCCCUAUUUUAGCUCCAACACCACGUCGUGGGACCCGGCGAGGCAAAGCUCAGGCACAAAAAGCACCUGCUGCUGGUGUUGGUUCAGGUCCAGUGGGCCCCGCAUACCCGUACCCAAUGCCUAGGCCAGCUGGCAGAGGUCGUGGGACCCGAGCAACAGAGGAUAAAAACCCUGAACUAUUUGGUACAGGUGUCGGUCGGGCCCACUUAAAUCUUGAUGUUGGAGUUUGUAAUAAUAAUCCAUUAGUUGUUGGUAAAAGUGCUGAAAAGUUAGCUGCUAAUGAUGCAGAAGAUGAAGGAAGCACAAGCCCUCUUCCUGAAAGGGUUCAAGUUGGGAAUUCUCCUGCUUAUAAAUUAGAAAGAAAACUCGGUAAAGGAGGAUUUGGACAAGUUUAUGUAGGGAGAAGGGUUAGUGGUGGCUCAGGGAACACGGGGCCCGAUGCUCUUGAGGUUGCUUUAAAGUUAGAGCAUCGAAAUGGGAAGGGGUGUAGUUAUGGACCUCCUUAUGAGUGGCAAGUUUACAGUACUCUUAAUGGGUGUUAUGGAGUUCCAAUGGUGCAUCAUAAAGGUCGCCAAGGAGACUAUUAUAUACUUGUUAUGGACAAAUUAGGCCCGAGUUUAUGGGAUGUUUGGAACUCUAGCAACCAAAUUCUCUCUGAAGAAAUGGUUGCUUGUAUAGCAGUGGAAGCUUUAUCGAUCCUAGAGCAGCUUCAUUUACGAGGUUUUGUUCAUGGAGAUGUGAAGCCAGAAAACUUUUUACUCGGUCAACCUGGAACACCUAAUGAGAAGAAAUUAUAUUUAGUUGAUCUUGGUUUAGCUUCAAAAUGGAGGGACACAUCAUCUGGUAAUCAUGUUGAUUAUGACCAAAAGCCUGAUGUUUUCAGGGGAACAGUGCGUUAUGCAAGUGUGCAUGCACAUUUAGGGAGAACAGGAAGCCGAAGAGAUGAUCUUGAAUCUUUGGCUUAUACAUUAAUAUUUCUCUUAAGAGGAAAGCUUCCAUGGCAGGGUUUUAUUGGAGAAAACAAAGGGUUUCUUGUUUGUAAAAAAAAGAUGGCAACUUCUCCCGAUAUUCUUUGUUACCUUUGUCCAUCGCCUUUCAAACUAUUCCUUGAAACUGUGACAAAUAUGAAAUUUGAUGAAGAACCAAAUUACUUGAAGCUCAUUGGUCUCUUUGAAAACUGCUUAGUUUCAAGUGCAUCUUUACGCCCAAUCAGAAUAGAUGGUGCCUUAAAGGUGGGACAAAAGAGGGGAAGAUUACUUAUUGAUUUGGAAGAUGAUGCUCAACCUAGGAAGAAAAUACGUCUAGGCACUCCUGCAACUCAAUGGAUUUCUAUUUAUACUUCAAGAACUCCCAUGAAACAAAGGUAUUACUACAAUGUAAUGGAUUCAAGACUUCAUCAACACGUUGAAAAAGGGAAGAAUGAUGGUUUGAAUAUUAGUUGUGUUGCUUCUGCAUCAAAUUUGUGGGCCAUUGUUAUGGAUGCUGGGACAGGGUUCACUUCACAAGUCUAUGAGCUCUCCCCUGUUUUCUUACACAAGGAAUGGAUUAUGGAGCAAUGGGAGAAGAAUUAUUACAUCACAUCACUUGCUGGGGCGACUAAUGGUAGUGCAUUGGUGGUAAUGUCAAAGGGGACGACAUACACGCAACAAUCGUAUAAAGUGAGUGAUGUAUUUCCAUUUAAGUGGAUUAAUAAAAAAUGGAAAGAAGGGUUUUUGGUAACUUCAAUGACAACUGCUGGUAGUCGAUGGGGUAUUGUCAUGUCUCGUGAUGCAACUUACUCUAAUCAGGUGGUUGAGCUGGAUUUUCUGUAUCCAAGUGAAGGAAUUCACAGAAGAUGGGAAAACGGGUACAGAAUUACAGCAGCAGCAGCAACAGAAGAUCAAGCAGCCUUCAUUCUCAGUACAACAAAGAAGAGAUCACAAGAUGUCACUCAAGAAACUCUUCGGACAUCUGCUUUUCCUAGUACCCAUGUCAAGGAGAAAUGGUCCAAGAAUUUGUACAUAGCAUCCAUCUGUUAUGGAAGAACUGUAUCUUGAAAAUCUCAAGAAACAAAAUUCUAUUCGGGUGCGGUUGGUUGGGAAGGCGGUGAAAAAGAUGUAGAGUUUUUGUUGUGCGGUUAUGGAAUAUAAAAAACUUUUUAAGAUUAUGUACAGGCAAAAAGGAAAAUCUACUUUGGGCUUUUCCUUUAAAAGGAAACAAAGAUGAAGGGGUGUUGUUGGUGGAGGGAGGAAGUGUAAGGGUGUAUAGUGUCAACAAUCGGACCCAAUACAUCAAGUGCGUGCAUGUCAACGCCUGCAGGAUUUUUAUCUUUUGUUUUUAUAACUUUAAACAAGUCUUUUGUUGUUCCAAAAUGAAAACGUAUUAUAAGUUGUGUGAUUCUUUUCAAAUAUGCUUAAUGAAAAAAAAAAAAAAGCCCGGGAGUUGUUUAUUAUUUCUCAUA